UUCAAGUGGCGCUCGGCCUUCGGGGACAACAUUCCCAUAAGAGUGCUCACCCCCUGAAUUUGAUUUUCGGGUAACAAGUGUAAAUAAAGUCAGAAAUGGAGUGAUCGAAAUGUUAUUUACAAUUUUCUUUAAUUAUUUUAUUGGAAUGGUAUUUAAGAAGAUUAAGUUUCUGUACCAUGCUCUCUGAAAGGAAGUUACAAUGAAUAACAAACCAAAAUUCCUAGCACCUGGGGAAUAUUCAUGGCAAGAAGACAAGGCUGACAUAGAUGCGCAUUCAACCACUCAGUUUGUGUACAAUGCAAAUCGUUCAUUAGCGAUCGAUCUACAGAGACAGAGGCUGCCUAUCUUUAAAAACAGAAUUCACAUUAUAUAUUUAUUAGAAAAGUAUCAAACUUUGGUACUCAUAGGAGAAACAGGAUGUGGGAAGAGUACGCAAGUUCCUCAGUACCUAAUCGAGGCGGGAUGGGGUUCCGAUGGGAAAAUGGUUGGCAUUACCGAGCCCCGAAGAGUCGCAGCCACAUCUUUAGCAAACCGCGUGGCCGACGAAUGCAAUUGCAUACUUGGCACCAAAAUAGGAUACUCGAUUCGUUUCGACGACUGCACGGAUGCAACCACAAAGAUCAAGUACAUGACCGAGGGUAUUUUGUUACGGGAAAUGAUGAGUGAUCCAUUGCUGACUAACUAUUGCGUUAUUAUUUUGGAUGAAGUUCAUGAAAGGACUUUGUUGACGGACAUAAUCAUGGGACUACUGAAGAAAAUACUCAGGAAACGUAGGAGCCUGAAGGUGAUCGUGUCGUCGGCAACCGUGGAUGCGGAGGAACUUCGGGAUUUUUUUAAUACAAAUACGACAAAGGACGCAACCAAGGAUACCGCCACUAUUUUGAGCGUGGAAGGCCGGCUGUUUCCUGUGGACAUCUUUUACGUUCAAGAUCCGGUAGCGGAUUACGUCAAUGCAGUUGUAGACACGACUUUGAAGAUACACGAAAACGAGGAGGAAGGAGACAUUCUGGCUUUCCUCACAGGAAUGGAAGAAGUUGAUCGGGCCGUCUCUCUCCUAUCCGAACAUGCCAAACUAGUUAAGGAAGGAAAACAAAAAUUAAUGCCUUUGCCUAUGUAUGGCUCACUUCCAAAUUCGGAACAAUUGAAAGUUUUUUGGAGGGCACCGAAGGAUACCCGCAAAGUGAUCGUCGCGACUAACAUUGCGGAGACAUCCAUUACGAUACCUAAUGUCGUUUUCGUAAUUGAUUGCGGUUUUGCGAAAGUACCUUGGUUCGAGGUAGAAACUCAAACCAACAGCCUGAUCGUUGCUCCUGUCUCAAAAGCUUCGGCAAAUCAAAGAGCAGGUCGAGCAGGUCGAGUUCGAUCUGGGAAAACGUAUAGACUUUACACGGAAGAGGCUUACGAGCAGCUCUUCGAGUCGACGCCGCCGCAGAUGCAGCGAGCCGAUUUAGCACCCGCAAUUUUGCAAUUGAAAGCCCUGGGAAUUGACAACGUCCUACGAUUUAGUUUUCCAUCUUCACCGCCGAGCAAACAUCUUCUCUCAGGAUUAGAAUUGCUUUACGCCCUGGGCGCCGUUGACAGCAAAGGAGAAUUGACUAGUCCCGUGGGUAUUACAAUGGCAGAAAUGCCCCUGGAUCCUGUCUUCUCAAAAUGCCUCAUCGCCUCGGGUGAGAUGGAGUGCUCAGAGGAAAUCACAACUAUACUGUCUAUGCUGCAAGUUCAAAAUGUAUUCGUGAGACCGUUCGGCGGUCAGGCAGCAUUAAAAUCUCGAGUGGCCCACCGGAAAUUCGAAGUCGAAGAAGGAGAUCUAAUCACGUUGCUCAAUGUUUAUACCGCUUUCGAGAAAAACAAGUCUACUGGUUGGUGUCAAAAACAUUUUCUGAAUCACAAGGCGCUGCGCAGAGCUACAGAAAUUAGGGUCCAAAUGCGAAAGCUCUUAAAAAAACUGGACAUACCAGUUGCCUCGUCGAAUGGAAACACGCAACAGGUUCUUAGAUGCAUAACAACUGGCCUCUUCCCCAAUGCGGCAUACCUACACUACACGGGGGUCUACAAGACGGUCAGGGGCAACAGAGACUUAUAUAUUCAUCCUAAUAGUUGUCUUUACACGCUACAGCAGCCACAAUGGAUUCUCUUCUGCGAGGUUUUACAGACAAAUAAGACUUUUAUGAGGGAGUUAACUGUCGUACAACCUGAGUGGUUGAUAGAAUUAGCUCCGCAUUUUUACGAGAGGACUGCUAUCGACCCAGUAUAAAAUAAAAGUAACUGAUAAUCACUAUGCAUCCGCCAACGUAUAAUAUCAUUUCUUUUUCUAUCUCGAACCUAGCAUACAGAGAUCAAUAAAAGGACUGAGUCACGAGAAAUGAUCGCAUUACUUUAACGGUCACCUCGGUAAUGACACUUCUGUGACAUAUGAGAACUGUGUAAAUAUAUUUGUAAAGUAAUUGUACUGAAUACAUUUGAGUUUAUCAUUGCAGAUUAUCAAUAAUAUUUAUACAAUAAUUUGUCUUAUCAGCUGUAUUCAUUACAUUCUGUAACUUAAAACAUUCCAUAGUCGUCGUCGUUCGUAUAUUACGUCACAACGUUUCGUGUAUUCGUUAACAAUAACACCGACGAAUGGAAAAGUGAAGUUAUGGAAAUAUAAAUUUCCAAAAUGGAGAAAUAUUUGACAAAAAAAUAUUCCUGUAUCAGUCAUCCAUAAAAAAUGCAAUGUCAAUGCGUUUAUGCGUCG